GUUGAAGCAGAGAGGAGACGACAAGGAAGAAAGGAAGGGAAGUUCUUGGUGAGAAAUGGCAAAAUGGAGAGCCACUUGGGCGAAAUUCCCACCUCGAAAUCCUCAGUCAAACUCAAAUCCAACGGCCCUUUGUCACAAAAUCCUACCCUCCUUUCAAUCCACCCCCAGAUGCAUAUAUUUGGGCGCGAAAUCUGCGUCGAUUUGCAGAUUUCAGUUACUAAACUUCAGGCUAAAUCUUACGCGCGCGCGCACACACACACACUGAGAUUUCCAUAACCCUUAUGCGUUCCAUACUCUUCUUCGGAUUAACGCAAGUGGAAGAGGGGAAUCGGAGAAGAUAUGGCGGAAGCGAAUCCGGAAAAGAAGGUGAAUCAGAACCCUGAAAUGGAGGUCGUCAAACAAGCUGUUAAUGGCGAUGCUGGUGUUGGUAGUAGUACCAGCAAUGGUGAUCUUUCCUUCAAAUUCAAUGCCCAAGCGCCUGAGUUCUUCCCUAGAUCGCAAACUCAGAUGCCUGUUACCGGCUAUUUUCAUCCUUAUUUCCAUUUUCUUGGUGGGGCUCCUGCUACUUCCGACUGGUUCUUUAUUGGCGAUCAAGAACCCACCUAUUUGAUCCCUAAUCCCACCAUUCCCCUCCCUAAUUUCUCUAAGAGUCCCCGUUCUGAUGAUAUUCACCAAAAACUCGUCAAACAGGUAGAAUAUCAGUUCAGUGACAUGAGUCUUCUUGCAAAUGAAUCUCUUGCAAAAAGCAUUAGCAAAGAUCCUGAUGGUUAUGUUCCAAUUUCUGUUAUUUCGUCCACCAAAAAAGUGAAGUCCCUCUCAACCAACAACAAUUUGAUAGUUCAAGCUCUCCGCUCCUCUUCAAAGCUUGUUGUUAGUGCUGAUGGGAAGAAAGUUAAGCGUAAGCAUCCCUUUACGGACAAGGACAAAGAGGAAUUGCUGUCCCGCACGGUCGUUGUGGAGAAUUUGCCCGACAAUCACUCACACCACAACCUUGAGAAGAUAUUUAGCGUCAUUGGGAGUGUGAAGACUGUCCGAAUCUGCCAUCCCCCAGAGUCGAAUCCGUGCUGCUCUAAAGGUGAAUUGUUCAUCAGUAACAAGCUUCAUGCACUUGUGGAAUACGAGACCGCAGAGUUGGCUGAAAGAGCGGCUGAGAAGUUAAAUGAUGAGAGAAACUGGAGGAAAGGGCUCCGAGUAAGGCUAUUGCUCAGACGCUCGCCGAAAUCGGUUCUGAAGACUCGAAAGUCCGAUUUUGAUUGUAUUCUGGAUGAAGAUGAUUCACCAUCUACUGUAUCCACUGAACAAGAGUCCUCUCUGCCAAAUAUCACUGAACUGAUAAACGAUUGCAGUUCCGAGGAGAACUCUACAUCAGCUAAGAAGGGUUGGGGACGAGGCCGUGGGAAGGGUCGUGGACGAAUUCAUAGCCAUCUCGAUCGUAGCUGUAGCUUGCCGGCGGCAGCAAUGCAAUCAAGUAGUCAGGUUGUUUGUGAAGCAUCUUCCAAACUCACUACGAAGAGUCCGAGAAUGCCUGAUGGGACGAAAGGGUUCACCAUGGGACGAGGCAAGCCAUUGAGCUCUAAACCUGUAUUUUGAAUGAAUAGAGAAAUGUAGGGAAACCUUUCUUUGGUUGUUGUUAAUUAGGGUGGAAAAAACUGACUAUUUUGCUGCUACCUAUGCUUGUGUCUUUUUUUGGUAAUAAUGGAUAUGUUUGAUAGGAUUUUGGUUUAUAUAAUGUGGCGCUGCCCAUCAUUCUAUUUUU